AUGGCCAUGGCUGUGAUGAGGGCCAGGAUAAAAAGCCAAGGUGCGUGCCUCAGCUCGGGAAUGCGCUGGCGUUGCUCAUUGCAGUGGCCGAGCACGGAGUCCCUGUCCGCCGCCCACGAGUUUUCGCGAGGAGUUCCCGGUCGGAAGGACCGCAACGGCGCACCGGCAUCGAGCCAGCGCUGGUUGCAUGCUGGAGUCGCCUUGCGUGCCAGGGCUGCACGAGAGGACAACAAUGCCGAGGACCGGCUCGAUCUCGAGGAGGUGGUCGCAGAAGCCGCCAGGGUGCUGGAGGACAACGGCGCGCUGAAAGAGACCAAAGCCGUCUUGCGAAAAGCGCAGAAGAUAUAUCCAGGGAAGUGGACCCUUUCAGGGCUGAAAGACGAGUUGCAACAAAAACUGCGCGAGUUUGUGGAGGAGGCCAAAGCAGCCUCAAAGGGCUUGAAAGAGGACCUGCUCCUGCAGCAGCUGAAGCUUGCGAUCGCGCAGCAAGAAGCUGCCCAGGAGCAGGAAGUUAAAGCCGUUGCCGGAUUGGAGAAGGCGGAGGACUCAGGCACCAAGGAGGAGGUGGAGAAGGCGGAGGAGCAGGUGGAGAAGGCGGAGAAGAAGGUGGAGAAGGCGGCGAAGAAGGUGGAGAAGGCGGAGAGGAAGGUGGAGAGGGCGAUGAAGGAGGUCAAGGCGGCGAAGGCAAGCGGCCGGACGAAGGAGUCCGAGGCUGUGCAGAACGUCAGGGAGGCGAAGGAGCAUGUGGAAAAGCUGGUUGAGAAGUUUGCGGGGCCGGAGUAUUGGGCACGCCCGACACCACGCUUUCGGAAGUAUGUGCGAGGCGAGAGGCUCACUUGGCCUGGAACAGACUUGCCCUGCCCGGGUGAGUUCCCAAACGUUUCCCAGAUAGAUGAUGGCCGGACCACAGCGUUCGGCAUUAGCAACGCCUUUGGCACCGGGAAGACGGAGGUUGCGAUCCGGAGUGCCGAGAUGACCUGCGCAGCGGAGCCUGGCUUGAGAGUCGCUUACAUCUCUUUCAGCAAUGGAUAUUGGGCUUUGACUGACUCCGCUUUGGACGACAGCAUCAGGGAAAAGAGGGGCAGCCAGGUGGUGUUCCGAUGCAGCAAGUACUGCGGCCUAUGGCUCAUGGCAGGGAUAUGGGCAACGCGGGUCAUUGAGAACGAGGUGCAGGGCAAUUCGGAACUCUUCCAAGCAAUUGUUGGAGCUUACAUGGGAAAUCCUCAGUGGAAGCUUCCUGACUAUCGUGAAGAAACCGAUGCCAAACUAAUCGUCAUUCUUGACGAGGUGCAGAGGUUCAGCUUCAGCGCACUGGAAAGCCUUGUUACCAUGAUCAUUGUGCCGUCAAAGACUCGCAUGAGUCUUGUGGUUGGUGCUUUUUCACCGUCCUUUUUGACAUCUGGCAAUCGACUGCGCGAUAUAAGGCUGCCAGUAUUAGCAGAGGAUGACAUGGAGCAGAUUUUCCAGGACAGGAUUCCAGGUGCGCGGAUCAAUUUCGAAGGAGUGUCAUUGCCGGGGCUCUUCGGCGGCUGUGUGCGGCCGCUAGCCAGUUGGUCCUCUGCAAAAGAGGAGCUUGAAAUGAACCAGGACCCCACCCAGUCCUGUCUUCGCCAAUAUCAGGAGGUUGCGUCCAAGUACUGGACGACGGCGGACCUCUUUCAGGCGGCCGUUGCGGAUGUGCCCAUCCGCUCUGAGAUGCUGAAAACUGCAUUUAUGCAGAACAGCCUGAGUCUCGGUGCCGCCUUCGUCUUACCCAAAGACGGGCAUUUCCUUGUUUCGCUGCCACCCUUGCAGAUUGCGGCAGGCCAGUUCGAACUUCCAACUGAGAUAGAUAAGGGCACUCAAAGGAAAGUUCGUUACACACUGACGGAUUUUUGCUCACCUACGUGGACGCAGUUCGAGGAGCUCACGGGCAUCGCGCCAGCUUUGCGAGUUGCUGCGUUGUCACAAACCAACACGGGCUUGAUUCUUGGUGGCCAUACCGUUCUGCAGCAUGUCUUUGGAAGCGGGGCCUCCAAUACCAAGGCCCAGGAACUGCUCAGAAAAAAUGUGAGGGAGGAUCUCGCAGUGCGUUGGGUCAGAGGUGGCAGAGAUGUGGCAGAAGUGAACUUUUCUCAGCUCAGUUGUCAUGCUGGCGAGAAGGUGCUGUUGACCAUUAGCAUGGCCGCAGAUCACGAUUCGAACUUCGACCACUUCCUCAUUGUCCCGCUGGACAAUGGCGAGAAGCUCAUGUUCUGCUUAGAUGCAAAAUUUAGCGUGGAGGGUGUGAAGACGGACUUGAACUUCCAGCAAGACCUUCAGCCCAAGCUGAAGGGAUUCUCAGCAAUGAACCUUCCAACAAGUUGGCAUACUGUGGUCCUUAUCUUGUCGAAUCGCAGGAUCACCAAAGGACAAGCAAGACGUGUAAAGAAUUCUGCAGAGGCACCGCUAAUCGCAGCAGGGGCGGAGCACCUGCAGCGCGUGCUGUCGUCCUCUUUGGUCCCACCAGCAUACAGAGAGCGGCGGUGA